AUGGUGAGGAUCGAGGAGGUGGAGAAGGGAGGAGGAGGCAGCGGAAGAGGAUGCAGAGGUGGCAGUGGCGGACUUAGUAAGUGGGUGUUUCCGGGCUUCUUCGAGUUCUUCUUUGUCUUGGAUUUUGAGUUGGAUUUCGUUCAACAUCUUGUUGUAGGUUUGCUUUUAGAUGAGCUGCGUAGAACCAAAAGUCCUAAUCAAGAAAACAAAUAUCCAAGUGAAACAGAGGACAAUGAUGACAAAGAAAAUGCAGAUGAUCAAGAUGAUGACGAUGAUGAUGAUGAUGAUGAUGACAAGGACGAAAACGAUGAAGAUUUCUCUGGUGAAGGGAAGGAUCCAGACCCAGAGGAUGAGGAUCCAGAGGCCAACAGUGAUGGAGGAAGUGAUGAUGAUGAGGACGAUGAUGAUAAAGAAGAUGGUGAUGACGACGAAGAUGAAGAGGAAGAAGAAGAGGAGGAUCAGGAGGUUACCCAGCCACCCUCUAAGAAGAGGAAGUGAAAAUUAGUAGCUGGUUCUAUAGCUUUUACGUUACUAAACUUUGGCUCAUGAUCUUUUGGUAGGAAUGACUGUCUAUCUUCAUCGCCGCGUUAGAAAAUCUUUCAGAAAAUUUGAAAUGUAUCUUUUUGUAUAUUUUCGCGUAUUUUAUAUUUAUCUUUUAAUGGACUGGACUUAACAAUUAUCAGAGAGAUUUUUAUUCCUGGUCAGAGGAAA